AAAUAUAUUUGCGACAUUUAUGCGUCGUACGUUUUGAUUGCAAGUAACUUGGCAGAUCCAUAUGUUAUUAGUAAGUGAUCAAUGGAACAUCGGACUUCGCGCUCGCGCCGUCGUAACCUGACAUCGAUAUACAUAUAUCUCUUUCUUUGCUUCGAAUGUUUGUUCUUACAUCAAUAAAAAAUUAUUUAAUUUGCAAAUUCAUAAUGAUUUCCCAACCAAUUGUGGUACCUGGAGGUGAACAUCGAUCACAAUCAGAAACUCAUUCUAUGUCUGUUGGAAAUACUUCUGAGUCUUUUAAAACUAUGACACCACCAAAUGUAAGCAGAUCAUUGAGUAAUCGUAUUAAUGACAGUGGAUAUGGUACAUUACCAAGUAAGCUAGAACCAGUGGAUCAACAACUUCGACGAAGCAGUGUUCAAGUUCAAUCUGCAACAUUACCUAAACUUCCAUCAACAGAGUCCUUAUCAACAAGUGUAAAUUUUGCAACUGCUGCACCUCCACUAUCUCCAGGAUUAUCUACAUCAAUGGGAGAAGCAAAUCAAAAAACAGAUAAUGUUUCUGAUAAGUCUUUCGAUUCUUGUAAGUUAACAAGGAAAGAAUCAUACAAAGCUCAAAGAAAGAAUUAUCGAAUGGAAAAAAAGAGAUUUGCCGAUGAACUUCUAAGUUCUUUUAAAGAUCCAACUGUUAUUGUGAUGAGUGAUUGGCUUAAAGUUCGUGGUACAUUAAAAAGUUGGACAAAACUGUGGUGUAUUCUGAAGCCUGGUUUGCUACUGCUAUAUAAAAGUCCAAAAGCAAAAAGCAAUCAUUGGGUAGGAACAGUUUUACUUAAUACAUGUCAAGUGAUAGAACGCCCAAGUAAAAAAGAUGGAUUUUGUUUUAAAUUGUUUCAUCCUUUGGAACAAUCAAUAUGGGCUCCAAGAGGUCCAGAAAAAGAAGCUAUUGGUGCUGUUGUACAACCCUUGCCAACAUCUUACUUAAUAUUUAGAGCACCUUCUCAGGCAGCUGGUAAAUGUUGGUUGGAUGCACUUGAAUUAUCUUUACGUUGUUCUUCUUUAAUAGUACGCUCAACAAGUGCAUUGCCACGUACUUUACCACAUGAUACUACAACAACUCAUGAAACUCAAUGGAGUGAAGCAGAUUAUGAAAAACAUUUUGAUGAACAUGAUUUGGACGAUAUUAGCCAACCGGAAAAUGGAGUAGCAGCUGAUGCAGAGAUUAGCGCUUCGGAUAGUGAAUCUGAAGGAUCCACCAAGGAAGAUCAACAAGAAACAAUUAAUGAAACUCCAUAUGCUGCAAAUGAACAAGAAGUUCUUGGAGCGGCUGGAGAGGUAGUUACAGAAUUACAAGAAGAACAAAAAUCUUUAAUAUGGUUCUUAAUGAAACAAGUUCGACCAGGCAUGGAUUUAUCAAAAGUCGUUUUACCGACUUUUAUUUUAGAACCUCGUUCGUUUUUAGAAAAGUUGGCCGAUUCUUAUUAUCAUGCAGAUUUAUUAUCUCAAGCAGUAGUAGAAGAUGAUGCAUUUACACGUAUGAAAGGCGUUGUUAAAUGGUAUUUAUCUGGAUUUUAUAAAAAACCUCAAGGUUUAAAGAAACCUUAUAAUCCGCUUUUGGGUGAAACUUUUCGCUGCUAUUGGCAGCAUCCUAAUGGUUCAAGAACUUUCUAUAUAGCUGAACAGCUUUCUCAUCAUCCACCUAUAUCAGGAUUUUAUGUUACUAAUCGACAAGAUGGAUUUACUAUUAGUGCUACAAUUAUUGCAAAAUCUAAAUUUUACGGUAAUUUUUUUCUU